GUCCAAUCGGUUGGUUUAUCAUAAUCAGUGGAUUUCCAAAGAGUUGCCAAAGUGGAAUCGGUUGGGUUUAGUUGGUGGGCGAACGGCCUGACGAGUAGACCACAUCCAGAUAGAUAUAUAGAUAGAUAGAGAAGGAGGAGAGACAAAGAGACAAAAGGGAAAGAUAUCGAGAUAGAAAGAUUUAGAGUUUGUGAACAACAAGUUUUCGAGAAGGAACCAUCGAAAAGAUGUACGGAGCGAGGAUCCUGAAGCCGGGCCAACUGUUGGCCUGCAGCACAGGAGGUGUCUUCAGGCUGCCCGCACAGGUUGCAGCCCUUUGGCCGCAAGCCCUCAGAGCCGCUUCGACGACCUCAGGUCUUUGGUUGCCGAAACCCACUCAGGUGAACUACGAGAAGAGGAGUCUGCAGCAGUUCUCCGACAAGAAGCAAUCCACGUUCACGGACAGGAGUCAGCUGAAGUAUGCGAGGAGGUUGGUCGUUAAGCUUGGAAGCGCCGUCAUCACCAGAGAGGAUGAACACGGUUUGGCCCUUGGAAGGUUGGCAUCCAUCGUCGAACAAGUCGCUGAAUGCCAGAAUGAAGGAAGGGAAUGUAUUAUGGUUACCAGCGGGGCCGUGGCUUUCGGUAAGCAGAAGCUUACUCAAGAGUUGCUGAUGUCGCUGUCCAUGAGGGAGACUCUUUCUCCAACUGAUCACACGCGCGAGGAAGCUCCUGGUAUGGUCGAACCUAGGGCUGCUGCGGCCGUCGGACAGUCCGGAUUGAUGUCCUUGUACGAUGCUAUGUUCGCGCAAUACGGCGUUAAAAUCGCUCAAGUUCUCGUAACCAAACCGGACUUCUACAACGAGCAAACGCGUCGCAAUCUCUUCAGCACUCUGUCCGAGCUGAUCAGCUUGAACAUCGUGCCCAUCAUCAACACCAACGACGCUGUAUCUCCUCCACCGCAGAUCGAUGAACCGAUCGGUGGUAAAGGUGGAAAGAAGGGCAUCUCCAUCAAGGACAACGACAGUUUGGCCGCUAUGCUCGCCGCAGAGGUUUCAGCCGAUAUGCUGAUCCUCAUGUCCGACGUCGAUGGUAUUUACAAUAAGCCACCGUGGGAGGAAGGCGCGCGUUUCAUCCACACCUUCACCUCCGACCUCAGGAAUACCAUCGAAUACGGACAGAAGUCUAAAGUGGGAACCGGUGGCAUGGAUUCGAAGGUGAACGCAGCCACUUGGGCUUUGGACCGCGGCGUCAGCGUGGUCAUCUGCAACGGCAUGCAGGAGAAGGCUAUCAAGACGAUCUUAGCCGGUAGGAAAGUUGGAACUUUCUUCACCGACUCCGCUCUCGGUGGAUCCGUUCCAACCGAAGUCGUCGCUGAAAACGCUCGUACUGGUGGACGUGUUCUUCAAACUUUGAGCCCCGAGCAGAGGGCGAAUUGCGUGCACGCGCUCGCAGAUUUACUCGUCUCCAAGCAAUCUGAGAUCCUCGACGCCAACGCGAAGGACAUCCAGGAAGCAUCCAAAUCGGGACUGGCCAAACCGCUAGUCUCUCGUCUCUCACUCACUCCGUCCAAGCUGAAGAAUUUGGCCGUCGGUCUCAAGCAGAUCGCCGACUCCAGCCACAACAACGUCGGACGCGUCCUCCGCAGAACGAAACUCGCCGAUGGUCUUGAUCUCACGCAGAUCACCGUCCCGAUCGGCGUGCUUCUCGUCAUCUUCGAGUCCCGUCCAGAUUCACUUCCACAGGUCGCCGCGCUCGCAAUCGCCUCCGGCAACGGUCUUCUACUUAAGGGUGGAAAGGAAGCCGCUCACAGCAACAAGGCUCUGAUGGGUCUAGUCAAAGAGGCUUUGGCCACCGUCGGCGCAGACAAUGCCAUAUCUCUAGUUUCCACUCGCGAGGAAAUCGGAGAUCUGCUCUCUAUGGAACAACACAUCGAUCUCAUCAUCCCUCGCGGCUCCACCGAGCUCGUCCGGAGCAUCCAAUCCCAGAGCCAACACAUUCCCGUUAUGGGUCACGCCGAGGGCAUCUGCCACGUGUACAUCGACAAAGAGGCAAAUCUGGACAAAGCCCUGAAGAUCAUCCGCGACGCCAAGUGCGAUUAUCCGGCCGCCUGCAAUGCCAUGGAAACCCUCCUCAUCCACGAGAGUCUGAUGGAAGGUGAAUUCUUCUCCGACGUCUGCAACAUGCUGAAGAAGGAAGGAGUAAAGAUCAAUGCCGGUCCGGUUCUCUCCCAGAUGCUCACAUUCGGUCCACCUCCGGCGAAGACCAUGAAGCACGAAUACGGUUCCCUGGAGUGCUGCAUCGAGGUCAUCAAGGACAUGGACGAGGCCAUCACGCACAUCCACACCUACGGCAGCGGUCACACCGACGUCAUCGUCACAGAAAACGACGAGAAAGCCAAGACUUUCCAGAAGAAGGUCGACAGUGCUUGCGUCUUCCACAAUGCCAGCUCCCGGUUUGCCGACGGUUUCCGUUUCGGUUUGGGUGCGGAAGUCGGCAUCAGUACUGCCAGGAUUCACGCCAGAGGACCGGUGGGCGUCGAAGGACUCCUCACCACCAAAUGGGUGUUGAACUCCGACGCCGGACACGCCGCUUCCGACUUCGCCGACAACGGCAACUGCACCUGGCUGCACGAAUCCUUGCCACUUAACUGAAUGUGUAGAUAAUUAAUAUUUAAAUCUUGAAUAACAUAAUAUUAUUUAUAUGCGAGGAACGUCCUUCAUAGUUUAUAAUGUAUAUAAGUGAUUUUUAUAUAUAAACACGUAUGUAUAUACGUUUAUUAAGGUAAUUACGACUGUAAAUUUAGUGUUUAUCAAUUAAAACUUUUCAUAUCCAA